ACAGAUUGCUAAAUCCGAAAAUCGUACGCGCGUGUACGCUGGUCCUAACCGAUUGGAAUCAUAUACCGACAAAAUCAUUGAAGGCAGCUGUGACCAUAUUAGUACCGCAUCGCUGUUGCCUGCUUCCUGUCCCGGCAAUGCUGUAUCAUGCGAAACUUCUUCGCAUCUUUGAGCAGGUCUUCAGCGUCGAACGUGAUGCCCAUCACGAGGAGUUGCGUCGUCUCGGCAUCUAUGUGGUGCGUAAAUUUGUCGAAGUGGCGCCCAAAAAUCCUAAAAUCUACGCUGAAUUAUUAUUCUGGAAGAGCGUUAAGGAGGCGAACGAGUUGGAAGGCGGCUAUUUGGAUGCAUAUGAGCCCGCUAAAGGCGUUUGGACCGAAGAACAGGAGGACCAACUGCGUAUGCUCUUUGAGGAGAAUCAGCGUAAUCCUGAAACUGAUAAGG